GAAACACAGUUAUAUUAUUGGGGUCUCUCUCUAGCUAACUUGCAAAACUGAGAACACAGCACAACAACACAAAAAACCAAGAAAAUAUAAUUUCAAGGCAAAGGAAGCAACAAUAAUUCAAGAAACAAAAGCAAAACACAUUCUGAAAAGGUGGCUUGUUGAUCAAGAAAAUGGCUGCUGAACGUGAUUUGAACUUCAAGGAGACUGAGUUAUGUCUCGGAUUACCCGGAGGUGGAAAAACUACUGAUCAGUCGUCGGCGCUGGUGGAGACACCAAAAGCUACCGGAAAAAGAGGGUUUGCAGAGACUGUUGAUUUGAAGCUUAACCUUCAAGCUAAAGAUGGUGUCAUGGAUCUGAAUGAUGUCAUUAAUAUCAAAAAUAAGGAUCCUAUAACCAAGCCACCAGCCAAGGCUCAAGUGGUGGGUUGGCCACCGGUUAGAUCUUACCGGAAGAACGUGAUAAUGGCGCAAAAGAGUAGCGGAGAGGAAUGCGAGAAAGGAAGCGGUAACAGUGCAGCUUUCGUGAAGGUUUGCAUGGAUGGUGCACCUUAUCUUCGUAAGGUUGACCUCAAGAUGUACCAAAGCUAUCAGCAACUUUCUGAUGCCUUAGCCAAAAUGUUCAGUUCCUUCACUAUGGGUAAUUACGGAAGCCAAGGAAUGAUAGACUUCAUGAAUGAGAGCAAGUUGAUGGAUCUGCUGAACAGUUCUGAGUAUGUGCCAACCUAUGAAGAUAAGGUCGGAGACUGGAUGCUCGUGGGCGAUGUUCCAUGGGAGAUGUUUGUGGAUUCAUGCAAGCGCUUGCGCAUAAUGAAAGGGUCUGAAGCUAUUGGACUUGCACCAAGAGCUAUGGAGAAAUGCAAGAGCAGAAUCUAAAUAAAUUAUAUUUUGGAUCUAUAAAUAUUAGCCUGUUUGCAUGUACCCAAGAUUGACUAGAAGACAAGAACAAUGCACUUUUGCAAGCAAGCGAAAAAAAAAGUUUGUGAUUUGUUUUGGAUGUGUCUGUAAUUUUAUUUUGGAUGGUAUAUAGAUAUUGUAAGAUCUAGACAUUUGUAAUAGACAAGAAACAAUAAACUACUUAACCCUCUUGUCUUUGGCUUGUGUAUUACUAAUAAUUAUUUUUAUUUUUGGCUGUUGAA